ACGUUGAUACUAAACCGCGGCCCGAGCUGCUCCGAACGACAGUCCAACGAGCGUGUGUUCCGAGGCCGGAUCACGGUGGUCCAUCCGAGCGGCCCGGACGCGCAAAACGGAUUUCGUUUGUCGAUUGUAAGCCGCGUUACGUCACUCCGCGAGCGCGAUCGAGGGAUAUAGUGGUGGAGAAAGAUCGUGAUCCAAUUCAUUCGAGGAUCUUUACGAUUGGCAAAUUGAUCUGGGACGAUUGUUGUGUUGAUUUGCAAACGUCAUCGUCAUCAUCGUGACAUCACUGGGACGGUGUACUAACCACGUGACUAUCGCAAAAAGGAUUGGCGAAUUUGAUCCUUUUUCGACGAUCCCAAGAACGAACGUGCUAGGACGGACGCACGAGGAGGACAGCGGUUAGUUCUCGUACGUGUCCGGUGUACGUGUGUGUGCCGCGCGUGUUUGUGUGUGUCAUCGGUUGUGUAUGUGUUCGUCGAAUCAGUGCUGUUCGGUAGCGCGCGCUACCGGUGAUCCAGCGGGUGAGUGCGAUCGGAGUGUUCCAGUCUCUAGCGAAGGAAAGAUAGAGAGAGGGGGAACGCGAGGGUGCGCUUUCUCUCCGAUGCGUGCCGCUUCCGGCUAACCGGAAGUGCCCGCGUGCGAAUGCCCUCGAGAUGCGUCCCGCGGUGCGGUCGCCACGAGUGACUGCGACAGUGCAGCAUCCAGUGCUGCGACCCACUCGGCUGAGAGAGUUCCGGCUACCGAUUAAUCUGUCGAUGUAAUUAAUCCGACUUAUGCGCGCUCGGUUUGUCGGCAACCUUGUGAACCGUUUUCACCUUCGCGUUCACUUCCGGAUUCGUAAACCAGUGACCCUGUGUGGGCCGACGAAAAGAAUUGGUCCAGUUACCGCGAUCCAUGAAGAACGAUAAAACAAAACGAAAUGAGGAAUAAAGUAUGACUUGAUCCAAUGGAUGAGCGGUUUACAUCGUUCUUGUUUAAAAAAAGAUCGCAAAGAAUCAGAGAUGAUGAAUAAUUUAAAAAGUCCAUGUAAGAAUUUGAUGAAGUAGAAUGUGAUUUAACUUUAUGUAUAACUGACUGAUAGUUCAUGCCCACCACAGACAGCCAUUUUCUGUCCACCGCAAGACGAUUUAAAGCUUCUGGUUUAUAAAAAGUGAUUCAGUGACCCGAGGCUAGUGCGAGGGAUUUAUUUUAAUCCGAUUGCUAUUUCCCGAGAGAGAUCGUUCAAACUUCGUGUCCCAAUUCGUCGAGAGUAAUUCGGUGAUGGAAGGUGAAGUUUAACUUAACUUAACGUACGAGUCUACAUUGCCGUUGCUCGUUAUCGAACGAGGACGAUACGAAACUCCUAGCACAUAAACAGUGAUCUAACAGAAACUAAGGAAAUUUGUUUUACUUCGGCCACUACCCCUGUACCAUCGUUCAAACUUUAUAACUUGAUUCAAUAAGGCGAUCCUGAGAUAGGAUACGAAGUAUAUAAUUCAACUGAGCGUAUUAAUUUUGUGCUACAUUCGUUCCAAUUGUUCAGUAGCAGAACUAUAAGUUCGUAUUCUGAUUUAUAAAGGAUUGAGUGGAAAACGAACAAGGAUUGAUAGAACUACUUCAAAUCUGUUUAUGAAAAAAAAAAAAGGAGAGAGUGUAGGCUGCAAUACAAAAUUUAAUUUCAAUGCAUAUCCAAAUUCCGAUUCAUAAGAGAUACCUGGGGAUAAAAGCGAUAAUAUCGAAGGACGGAUCAUCGCGGCCUCUAACCGAUAAUAAUCGACGACGACCUUGAGGCAGCCAACAGGCGUCUGCGUCAAUUACUCACCUCGUGAAUGAAUUUUUAAAGUGGAAGAAACGCGGGUCGAUCGUUACUUCGCGAAUGAAUAUUUCAAGAACGCGCUGUUAGCGCGCCCAAUGGUGUUUAAUGCGUAGUGAGUACAAACGCGCUACCGAGAUAAAGCGUUCAAGUCGAAGGAAGCGAUUAGCUGAUUUAUAAAAAGGAGAAACAAAGGAAAUACGUGCGACUUUAUCGCUGUUUUCGUCACAUCCCUUUCGAGAGGUUUCUAGAUUGCGAAAGUUUUGGUUUGCUGUUAGCUGAAGCAGCGAUCGUAAACAGGAUCGAUGCAUUAAGGAUUUUCAUUUGUCGACAGUACUAUGAAUGUUGCAUGAACCUGAGUUUCCUGGCGGAGCAAGGAGGAUCUUUCUUUCGAAGGUGAUCGUAAACAUCGAAGUGGAGUAUCGAAAAGACGAUCGAACACGGAAUUCAUGUGCUGCUUGAUAGACGCGAGUGAAUGCAACAUUUAAUAAUAGGCAGAAAUAAAUAACGGUAUAUUAAUUACUUUAGUAAUUAAUGGAUCACGCGACCGCGAUCCUCAUUCUUUUGUUCCAAGAUAGAGACAUUAUAGUGAAGAAACAAUUAAAAAGUGAAUCGCACGGUGGAAUGAUAAUUGCGAUUAUGACUAAUUAAUAUCUGGAUAAUUAACGCUUAUCACGAGUCACGCUUCUGUGAAACGGCAGGACGAAGAAUGCACGCUAUGGACACGCGAUCAAAGUGCUACAUCAAAGGAAUGUUUGACAAGUGACUGGGAAUCGUGCAACGCUGCAAGCUAAUUAAUAAGUGUUAACAGCAAUUAAUGCUGCACGAAUCAAGUGGUCGCGAGACCACGUACGUUUCAAUCGCUGAUAAAAAAGAUAGAGUAAGAGUAUUAAAGGAGGAAGUAUCGAAUAGUGUGCAGUAAUCGUGACCGCUGACAGUUAACUGAUAGCUAAAUGAUAGGAACAAUUAGCGACGGAUGCAUCUCACUUUCAGUUCCGACAAUCAUAAAUCGUCGUGACUCCCGAUCGAACUGGCAACAGAUCCAGGAUGCACGAAUGAUUAAGUUCUGAGUUCCAGCUGACUAAUGAAUUGUCGCAUGCUACAGUCAUAAGCGCACUUUAAUACUAAUUAUACUAAAUUACAUGCCACUGUCUUGUGAUCGCUGACUUCUUGUCCUUCUCAAAGGGCGGGAAAGGACGCGGCGACAGCCAGCGUCGGGUUCUCUGAUUAAUCAGACUAAUUAACUUCGUGUGUGCUAGAGGCAAUCGCAAGGCAUUGCAGGUCCUUUGACAAGGUCUCUGCCUCGCACAUUCUCAUGUGACACAUUCGCCUAUGACCGAAACACGCGAAUUAGGGCUGGCGCGGCGCGCCAUUUACCUUCAGAUAUAAUUAACGCGACCUAAGGACAGCCGCGGACAUAGCGAGCGGUCGCGCGCCAGGACAUCUUCAUUGACGAAUCGUUCGACGAGGAACGUCUUAAUUAAUAAUCACGCAAAGCCAUUCGAGAUUCGUGUGCCGUUUCGCAUAAUAAGGGAAACGAUCGAGGGGAGAAAGACAAAAAGUGAGACCGAUAGAGAGAAAGGGAAAAAGAGAAAGAGAGAGAGAGAGAGAAAAGCAAAAGGAAAGAAAGCAAAAGAGAGGAAGAGAAGCAGACAGAAAAGGAGAGCAGAGGAACAGAGAGAGAAAGGGGCUCCCGGGUGCUACUUCGUCGUCCUCUUCGUCUACUUUUUAUCGUUUCGUGAGGGCCCGAAAAAGAGUUCUCACGCCGCACGCGAGAGAGACCCCGAACACGCACGCAGGCAAGCACGCACGAACGCACGCACGCACUCACCCCUCCGAGGGAAGCAGAAAGCCCGCGGCGCGCGAGGGAUCUUGAUUUCUUCCUGCUCGUUGAUUUUUUUCCCCUUCCUUCGGACCUCGCCGGCCGUGCUGAGUCCCGACAGUGCAACGCGCGAAGGUAUGGAAAAGGGAGAACGCUUCUCAACUUGCAGAGACACGCACACUUUAUUGCGGCGCUGUUACGCUGACUUUAUCUGAGGACUUUUGGAUACGCGUCAACGUAGAACGGAGCAAGGACGAUAACGUAGAAAAAUUACGCGUAGUCGGAGCUCGGAACCUCACGAUGGAGUGCCGCAAGGGUCGACGGAAAGGAGGAGCUCCGAUCCUCGGCAGUCUGCUACUUGCGUGGUUCUUAACCAACGGCUGUGCCGUCGUCGCACGAAAUAUAGGUAAGAAGCCGUCGGUGCCACUCUCAUAUCGAGACAAAUUCAAAAUAGAGAGGUACGACACCGCAUACGCUUGCGAGGGCAAGACGCUGGAGAUCGAGUGCGGCGAGGGCAAGCUGAUCCACCUGAUACGGGCGAACUAUGGCAGGUUCUCCAUCACGAUAUGCAAUGAGCACGGGAACACCGAAUGGAGCGUCAACUGUAUGUCGCCCAAAUCGUUCCGCGUGCUGAACAAUGAGUGCAACGACCAGCAAAACUGCAGCAUUGUUGCGUCCACGCUGCAAUUCGGCGAUCCUUGUCCGAAUACACACAAAUAUCUCGAAGCGCACUAUCGAUGCGUGUCUGCGGCCACCACCACGACGACGUCCCGGCCGAGUCCGCCAUGGUUCGUAACUUCGCAGCCGAGUGUCUGGAGUACCGCUAAGCCGACUGUCAGGCCUCCUUCGAGGAUUACGACACCGGCGCAACAGCCACCCCAACAGCCACCGGCGCCGUCUACCCCGGUGAUGCCGAUAACGACGCCGGCGAGUUCUACGUCAACAAGGUCCUCCGCCGACAUCGAAGUCGAUGAGGGAGAUCAGGACUUAAUAUCUGCAAAUGGUUCUCCGGCGAUGCCACCGAUGUUUGAGACCACUCAAGCCACGACAACAUCUACCUUCGCACCCUGGAGGACCAGUCGAAGGACCACCGUACCCAGUACGCUGUACCCGGAGUCUAGUUCGAAUGGCCAGUGGUACGACUACGGUAGACAAGUGUGUCCCCCGGUGAUAGCCAGGAACUUGUCCUGGAACACGACCAGGGCCGGCGAAGUGGCGGUACAGAGCUGUCCCGGCGGUGCGAAUGGUUUGGCCAGAUGGCGAUGUCUGGCCCGAGGAGAAUCCGCCUUCUGGCACCGUGACAAUCCAGACCUGAGCGAGUGUCGAUCCGUCUGGUUGACCACUUUGGAGAACCGCGUGACAGACGGUGACGUGAUUCUCGGCAUCAGCAGAGAGCUCUCGCAGGUCACGAAUAACAGUCGUGGCUUGUACGGCGGCGACAUGAUGAUCACUACGAAGAUCAUCAAAAAUAUGGCCGAGAAGAUGGCCCUAGACAUUAAAACCUAUCAAGACCCGAAUCAGAGGGAGGUCAGCGUCACGGAGCUGCUGCAGGGUGUAGUGCGGACUGGCAGCAAUCUGCUCGAUAAAGCGCAAAUGGCAUCCUGGAAGGAUCUCAGUCAUCAGGAACAAAUGAGGGUUGCAACGUCGCUGCUGAUCGGUCUUGAAGAGAACGCCUUCUUAUUGGCCGACACGCUUAUGCACGAGAAGACUAUUAUGCAUGAAGGCAAAAACAUACUGAUGGAAGUUCGCGUACUGGACGCGCGCAACAUCGGCAACGAGCUGGAAGUUUUCCCGAGCGAAGCCGCCCAGCAAAGGUGGACCGUCUCGAACGAUCGCGUGGAACUUACCAGGGGCGCUUUGCUAGACAACAGCGAGGCCGGCAUCGUCCGGCUGGUCUUCAUGGCCUUUGACAGACUCGAAGAGAUACUGCAGCCGCAAGCGGAGCCGCCGUCCGUCGUCAUGAGCGACGAUCCCCAGCCCCUGCCGCGGAGAAACACCACUCGUCUCCUCAACAGCAAAGUUAUCUCGGCGUCCUUGGGAAAAGGCCGGCACAUACAGCUCUCGGAACCCGUUCGGGUGUAUUUCAGACAUCUGGCGGUCGAGAACGUCACCAACCCCACUUGCGUCUUCUGGGAUUACAUCUUGAGCGCCUGGUCGGACGAGGGUUGCCAGAUACAGAAGACCAACGAGACUCACACUGUGUGCGAAUGCAAUCACCUGACGAACUUCGCCGUGCUGAUGGACGUGCACGCCGUCAGGCUGGACAUCGCCCAUCAGGUCGCCCUGCAGAUCAUCACGUAUAUAGGCUGCAUCAUUUCCGUCGUCUGCCUCGUGCUGGCCAUUCUCACGUUUCAAUUAUUUCGCGGACUGAAGUCGGACAGGACGACGAUCCACAAGAAUCUCUGCGUGUGCCUGCUGAUUGCCGAGGUACUCUUCGUUUGCGGAAUCGGCCAAACUAAUCAGAGAAUUGUCUGCGGCAUCGUGGCUGGUUUAUUGCACUUCUUCUUCUUGUGCGCGUUUGCUUGGAUGUUUCUCGAAGGAUUCCAAUUAUACGUGAUGCUGAUCGAGGUAUUCGAAGCGGAAAAAUCGCGGCUUCGGUGGUAUUAUCUGGUCGCGUAUGGCGCACCGCUGCUGGUCGUAGCAAUUUCGUGCAUAAUCGAUCCACUCAGCUACGGUACCGAUCGGUAUUGCUGGCUGCGCGCGGAUAAUUAUUUCAUCUUCAGCUUCGUCGGACCUGUGAUACUCGUCAUACUGGCAAAUCUGGUAUUUCUAUCGAUGGCGAUCUAUAUGAUGUGCCGGCAUGCGAACACCACCGUGGCUAUGAAAAGCAAGGAGCAUUCUCGAUUGGCUAGCGCAAGUGGAAAGGAAGAGAAUGCUCUUCCCAACAAAUUGCAAGCGCACUUGGCCUGGCUGCGGGGCGCUAUCGUGCUGGUGUUUCUACUAGGUCUGACCUGGACGUUCGGGCUUCUCUACUUAAACCAAGAAUCCGUCGUGAUGGCGUACAUCUUCACCGUAUUGAAUAGUCUCCAGGGGCUGUUUAUCUUUGUGUUCCAUUGCGUACAGAACGAGAAGGUGAGGAAGGAGUACCGGAAGUUCGUGCGUCGUCAUUCCUGGUUGCCGAAGUGCCUGAGGUGCUCGAAGACAGUGACGGGCGGCUCGGCCGGCUCCACCGGCGGCACCGGCGGCACCGGCGGCGCCAACGGCGGCAAGGACUUCGCCUCGCACAACACCUCGUCGAACCCGUCGGCCCCUACCACCGACAGCUCCGGACUGUCGCCUCACGCAGCCACCAAUUACUUGGUAUCCGGUCGAAGCUGGGCGAUAGUCGAUAGGCAGCCGGCAGUAACGGUGCCAGGUGAACCCGCCUCGACCGAGGCUCACAUCGUGGCCACCCUGCCGUACGCACGUCACGCCUUCUUACCCUCAGCUCCCAAUAUCCCCAAAUCUGCCACCGCCACUUGGGGCCACCUUAACAAAAACCUCAUGUGGAAGAACAUUUCUUUUAAAUCCUACUCCCGCGACUCCGGACACGGCGGCUCCGAGCAGGAGGACUCCCCGAGGACGCACAACACCCUGACGCUCGGCCAUUCCGGCAGGAGACGCGGGCCGAAUGACGUCGGCGAGAUGAACACCGGCACCAGGACGAUCGGCGGUAGACGCGCCGCGAUGCCGUACAACCAUACGUAUACCGAGAUCGUGGACGGUCGCGGCAACGGCGGUAUCGCCGGACAUCAUCAGCUGCACGGUCACCAUGGCCAGCACGUGCAUCUGCCGCGCGGUCUCGCCAACGAGGACGAUCCGGUGUACGAGGAAAUCGAGCGCGGCGGCAGUGGUGGCGGUGGCGGCGGUGGUAACGGCGGCGGUAACGGCGGCAUCGUCGGUGGCAUCGGCGGCAUGGUCGGCGCCGGUGAGAUCCAGGUGUCGGACAUGUCCGACGAGGACGGUCGUCGACAGAGCGACAUGAGCAGACAGUCCUCCAGGAGCUAUGGUGAUCAUCGGCCGCUGAUCCCGUACUCGCCCGCCGCCGAUCGCAACCUGGUGCACUACGGCCAGGCGAUGACGGAACGCGGCGGCAGUGCCGGCGGCGGCGGCGGUGGUGGUGGUAAUCUCACGCAUUACGAUUCGACGGAGUACGGACCAGCGGUGGAGCGGACCUUGAACGCCUGUUGGGAGAAGCUGCGCCGGCAGCAGGCCAGGUAUGAGCUCGGAGAUCUGCCGCGGUUGCCGGCGGCAUACGGCAUGCCACCGCAGCAAGACCAUACGCGAACGGUGGCCGUGCUGGACGGACACACCGUCGUCUGUCACCUGCAACCACAAACGGACAUGUACACGGGUCGGGGUAUGCCGCCACCGUCUUACAGCGAGUGUUAGGUCCCGAUGACGACCCGGGAAUCUCCGACCUUCCUCGUUCUCUCGUGAAGGAACAACGGACUUUUCUAGGGGUCGGCCGCUCGGUACGGCCGCGUAAACCGUCUGGACGGUUCGUCCGGGACUACGUGGUGGUGAUGGGGGUGACGGUGGUGACGGUAUCGAGAUUCGUUCCUGAAGAGAAUAACCACGUGUCGGCGACCCCCACCCGGGUGCCGAGAGGGACACGAACGCGGGAGACGAACGUGCCGCUUUUUAGCUCAAGCGUAAGCGCGACGGUGUCUUGAUAUAAGUCGUCGCGUUUUAGCCAUAAUCGACGUAUCGCGAGCGUUCUAGGGAACGUCGCCCUUGUCUCCGUUCAGGUGGAAUUCGGUCGGACGUCUCCUCGCGGACUAGGGAGACGAAGAGAGAGGAUGAGAGUGAGAGAGAAUGAGCGAAUGCGAGAUCGAUGGGCGUCCAACUAAGGCUGUCACGUCGUCCAACGGACGCCCCGUUUCUCUUAAGAUAUAUCGUGUACAUGUGUGCGUGAGUGCGUACCACCGCGACGCGGACUCUGUAUAACAAUUGUAGCGGACCUCUCGUUUAGGCUAAGUCGACGACGACGACGUGCCCGUCGUGGCCGGGCGUUUAGAAUUGGCGUACCGAGUGCGCGCAAAUGAAGAUCAGAACGUAACGGGUCCUGAUGAAGACGGGAGUUUUCGCGAAGUCCGAUCGCGAGAAGAUUGGCUUUCGAGGAGAUUCAUUCUGCAUUCUUAAGCGCGACUUUUUUUAUAGAUUUUAUACGAGCGUAACGAACCAAAGUUUUUUUUUAUUAUCUUGAUGUCAAAAAGUUGAUGUUGAAAAGCUCGUGGAAAUUUGUAUAAAAUAUCUGUCGUACUUUGUUUGACAUAUGAAUUUUUAAUAUUACCUUUUGUCCGAUUUAAAGUGUAAUUUAAAAAAUUAACUUUACUAUUUUCAAGAGAAAUGUCAAAAAUUUUGUUAUUUGGCAUUUAAAGUGUAAUAUCUUCACCGUUGCGACUAAUGGAUUCUUUCUAUUUAUUUUAUUAAUUCGGUUCUCCAAUUGGCUGCGUGCACGUAUCUGUUUACGUUUAUAUUUUUUAUAUAUUAGAGAAUUGUUCUUGUUUUUCUUUUUUUUUCAUAUACGUGCAAAUUGUCUUUUACCAAGGGAAAACUGGAAAUACUAGAAAUAUUUAUUUUCCAACUUCUUAAGCUGUGCUGAUUAUUGAUAUCAGCUUUUAUGAAUUUAUAAAAUUUGCAUGACUUACAAUGUUGUACGUGAAAAAUAUAUGUUAUGAUUUCGUUGAUUUUGAAUUUGGAAGCUGCGCGUCAUUUCUGUAGGUAUCGCUUCACCCCCAUACACUUCCUACGGCAAUAACAUCCAACAAUAGUGUUAUCGAGAUCGAAUCGAAUCCUAUCCUCGUGCGCGGCGGACUUCGGGGGGAGGAAAUAUUACGUGAGCAUCGCCGAUACUCGGCAUAUCUGCGUCAACCCUUCCCGUCUCGCCGCUACACGAUUGUAAACGGGUCGGGGAGGGUUACGGGACACGGCAAACCGCGUAUCGUAAGCCGGUAUUCAGUGCGGUAAGUGGAUUCACCGACGGCUUGGCUGUCACACGUCCGGCGAUAUUAGGUGUCGUGUUGAUCGUAGCAUUAAACACGGCUCAUCGUGGCCGAAUGUAAACCGCGUGUAAAUCACAGCGUGACGUACGUAUCGUUUGCAUCUAGUUACGGUUAGCUGCGUUUAAUGCGGCGUCGUAUCCCAUAUCGCCGCAGUGCGACGGACAGAGUCAUCCUCGGUCUCCCGUCGGCCACUUCCGUGUCUGCAUACCGUUAAGUAUUCGGCGGUGCAAAGCUUUUCAGGCGUAGAUGAACGGCGCAGGCCCCAAAUCUAGAGAGACAGACGUUGUAACAUAGAUCUAGACAUAUCGCCGCCGACCGAAUCGUCAACGAUACGCCGGUAUCGUCAACAAGCCGAGAGUCGACAUGCUCGUAUCUCGAUCCUUACGCAGAAUCGCCGACGGCUGAAUAAAGGAUAUCGGUAUCUCAAGCUGUGGUGAGAUUGCUGCGACGACAUAUAGCUUCGCGCCAUACUGAAAGAAGUUAUAAAAAUUAUUUAGAAUCUCAGAAUUCGAUGAGCUAAUGGUAGCUCCUUUUUUUCUUUUUCUUUUUUUUAUGAACGAUGAUACUUUUUUUACAUUGUGACAUAAAGUAACGACUCACUGCAAUCUCACCGCACGUGAUGAUAUCCAUUGCUUCAUUUCAGCGCCUCCUGAUAAACAUAGUAACUGCACUAUGCAAAAUUUAUGAACAGUAAUCGUAAAAUGAAUUAUUUAGUAGUUUCAAAUAAAUAGAAACGGCUUCCGGUAUAUGUGCAGCUGAAUAUAAGAUAAAGUGUUUUAAUUUUUUUUUUGCAGUAGUUGUCUUUCACGUUUUAUAUAAAAGAAAAAGUUAUUAUAGAUUAAUAUUACUAUUUAUAUUUAUAAAAAAAGAGAAACUUAGAUACAGAUAUUAUAAAUAUAAUAUUCAAUUAAUUGCAACAAAAACGUUUUGGCAUUAUCAUUUUUUUUUGUUUUUUUGUUUAUUUGAAGGCGCAACUACUUGUUUAUAUUCUGCCUGAAGCCGAAUCUGCGCGAGGCUUCCUUCUGACACUCGGUGCGUUCCUCGCGCGAGCAUUCGCCGAGUUGUGUUUCUACGAGCAAAUAACGAGCGUGUUCUCGGCGCUGAUGGCCGGAAAUUAGAUUUCCUCCUGUGCGGGAAGAACAAAGGAGAAAUCGAGGGGCAAUGGCUGGAGCGCCUUUAUCAGUCGUACGUGGCAGCUCCUCGUCGCGCGCCGCUUUGGAACGUUGCGUUUUAGUCCCAGAACGUUAUUUUUAUAAAUAAAAAAAUGAAUAAAUAAAUAUAUAUAUAUGUAUGUAUAUGUAUGUAUACAGUAACGAUAUAUUAUUAUUGUGAAGGGAGAGAAAGCGUGAAAGAUAUGGUAAGAAGGGCCCAGGAAUCGUAAGUGGGCGGGUAAAUAUUAGUGAUACAAGCGGAUUUCCCGAGCGACGUGGAAAAAUGCGCGAAAAAACACUUAGUCACUGUUUUUUACUAUUUUUUAAAACAAAACCGUGUAUGUGUACGUGAGAACGCGUGACCUAAGCUAAUCGUGUAACCAAGGGAUCCCGCGCGCGCGCGCUAUUUAUUUUUAUCAUCCCCGAGUGUUUUUGUAUCGCGAGCGGAAAUUGUGUCGAGUGGGAGUUUGUCGUUCUCCAACUAUCCCUCGUCGUCUUCAACGGCGAAAACCAUGGGGAUCUCUGUCGGGCAAUGUCCGCGAGGAAGAGUAUUGAAAAAGCGAACUUCGAUAAUCUUCUUAAUAUGAUACAUUGUGGAUGAAAUUACGUUGAGUGGACUAUAUAAAUGUCUAUAAAAAUUAAAUACUUGAAAAGUAUUCCUUCUAAAAUCACCAUUUUUUGUGUGUGAGAGAAUAUUUAUUUUUCUACAAAACUGAAUGUGUAUUUUAUUUUGUAUUACGACACAAUCUACUUCCCUAAUAUAAAAAGUAUCAGGAUUACAUUUAGCAGGAACAAUUUGGUUUGCUUAAUUCAAAAUUGUAGCAAAAUAGUAAUUUAAUUAAUUUCACCAACAAGUGUGAUAAGCUCAACGUAUCUUUGUCCGCUAUGUCGCGACUUCGUGGUUACUUGAUUUAUUUCUCGCUCAUGACACGCAUGUAGGAGAAUUGUAAUAGUGAUAAUCGCGUUAGGGAUACCAGCUAUGUUAAGUAUGUAAGUGUGUCCCUGAGCAGUUGUAAGAUAUAAUUGCUCAUUCCGGCGUUCCGAAGCAUGUGUCCAUCAAUGGUUUUUUCAAGCACCCAUUACGAGGAAUGUCAGCAUAUCGGUGGCCUUUACAGACGUUGUUUGCUAACUAUGUAAAAGUCUAUAAGACCCUAAGAGCUCUGCGCUCACAUCUGACAUUUAUUGGAACAUUAAUUGGAACGACCAAAUUAUACGAGUAUAUUACAUUUGUAUCUCUGGAUACUGACAGGGGCGACUUUAUAUUUGCUAUUGGGGAAAUUCGCAGGAAAGCAGGAUAAUAGAUAAUUUAAUCUGUGAACGCAAUAUAAGUCAUAUUAUAAAGAUGAAAUUUAAAUGAGUCUUACAGAUUAACAUAAAUUAAACUAAAUAAAACAUAUAAAAAUUCUUAUUUAAAGGAAACGUCAUUUAGAUGUCAGAUGUAACAAGGUUUUUAUAGUCAUGAAAAAUUAAUUUUUAAUAAUAAAAUUCUUACGAAGAAUAUUUGUGAAAUGUAUAAACGUGCAUUAUUAUUCAGUUGUGUCUUCAAAAACUUUACGAAAUUUCUUGUGUCUGACAAUCGCGUGUCAUUACAGUCGCCUCUGAAAAUAUAUGACAAAAAUAUUAUAGGAGUCUUUUAAUAUGUACAAUCAAGGCUGCCGACAUCCCUUUACGAUCGAAUUCAAUUCAACGCCGCAUUUCCUUAUCAGAUCUAUCAUUUUUGAAAGCUGCGAUUACAACCCAGACUACGAGCUGCUUAGAGUUUAAGUUUCGCCAUGACUGAUUUACCGAAGAGCAGUUAGACCGAAAGAGGUAGCUUGCAUAUAAUUUUCUACGAUCGGGGGGGAAUUGCUAGCCUCAGCCGCAUAACGUAUAAUUGCCAGACAAUUGUUAAAAGCACCCACAUUCCAUCCGUUCAACGUUCGUGCGAGUCUAAAAAGGGAGAAAGGGCCGUCGCGUGCCCGAAAGUCGAUCGGUACCGUCAGACGAGAUAAUCGGUCCGCAUUCUCGACGCAUUUUAACGCUCUUUAACGUGAAAACGAUAACGAUCUUGCGCGAAGAAUAUCAAAUAUCUGCAAACUUAACCGCUUUAGCUGCUGAACUUACGGCGAGCUCACACUCGCGUUCAGUGCGAAACAAUGUGACGAGAAUGCGGCCGAACGCGUCCUAGUUCGAAGUGUCCCGCCGACAAAAGUUUCAUCGCGUGCACGAACACGGACACCGCGCGUAGACGCGCGCAUAGCGAAGCGUUAUCAAUGUCGCGAAGGACUCCGAGUGCGAGAACCGUGUGUACAUAUGUAAAUAGGGCUUUGUACAUGUUGGAAUACCUGUAAUGUAAAGUGAAGAGCGAGCGAGCGAGAGAGAGAAAAAGAGUCAAGAACGAGGAUGCAAGAAAAACCCAGAGACGAUGACCGAUAGAUGCGGGAAGAAAGCAUACCUAGGAUAAGUUUACUAGUAAGUAGCGAAGCUAUUACGAGCUAUUAUGUAUUAUCGGUGAUGCGGCGCGGAGGACGCGCGAGGCGGAUCUUAACUUAAGUCCCAACGCGUAUUAGUUAAUGUGUAAAUAAACUAAGCGAAGGAAGUAAAAUAUUAAAGAGCCCAAGUAAUCGUUGGAUAUUUAUAACAAACUCCACUAAAGUAGGCCGACGACGGAGAGGUAAACGAGACGGUUGGGAUCGAAACUCGCAAAGUCCAUUUCGGACGCGAAAUUCUAUUUAAAAGUGAUCCUUUUCGCUCCAUUCGCUAGAAUUUAUCAUAUUUAUUUUAAAUAUAAAGUUAUAUUUAAAGCGAUCUUUUUUUUCUCGAAGAAGAGGAUCUGUAAAGAGAUCUAAUGUUUUAAGUAUAAAAUUUAUAUAUCUGAAACCUCGCUCUCUUGUGACUCGCUUUAAACGUAAAAUUAUAUUCGAAGCGAAUCUUAUGAGAGAUACAGUUUUAUGUUUGAAAAUGAAGUUCUCGGAGAGCGGAUCUUGGAUUUUACGGAUUACGAUCUGGGUGUCUCGAGUAAAAAAAAGCUGAAAAGAAAGAAAAACAAAACGUAGUCGAGCACACUCGUCCACAUGUGUAUCGCUGCGCGAGAAAGGAUCAAAGGAUAAAGGGGAGGACGCGUGUGCGGUUAAUCGAACAUGGACAGACGGUGUACAGUGCAUGUUUUAUCCUUAGCCGUUUUAUAAAUGUAAAUAUCUUCCGCCCCUCCGAGACCACAUUCUCUUUUCAUUCCUUUCUUCUUCUUAUCCCCCCCCGUCCCGCUUUUCCGCGGUGAGAGAAACAGACGUAAGAUUAAUUCAUCGUUCCAAUCGAGAUGUUUCUUCUUUCGUCAUAACGAUCCUUUAUUAUCCGCCCCGUCUCCCGAUCCUUCACUUAGGACCCCCUUUCUCCGUAAGUCUCCUAACUUUGUCCUGCGAGAUACUUAGCAGAUAAGCUUUCGUUUCGAAGUGAAAGAGAUGAAAUGCGUCGGGCAAAGCUAAAAAAAAUCAUCUGUCUAUUUAUCGCCGCCUUCCAGAGCCGAUUCGAAACAUUUUGGAGCCUCUUACGAAGUAAUAUUUGCGUCCCAUGUAUAUACUGUAAUUUGCAGUGAGUGAAUGACAGAGCGUGAUAAGAACGCGUGUUCACCGCGUGCGAAUUACUUCAUACUUGUUUCAUACUUAUUUUUUCAAUACACAAAAUUGCGAUCGCACGAGGCAUCAAAAUGACGGUCUCUGCAGCGGUGAUUGUGGUAGCGUUAAUUAAUUCUUAGCCUACUAUUGAUACCUCCAAGACCCAGAACCGGUGUAACGGUGGCGUUGACUAUACUAUUUGGUAUAGUUGAUGUUAGAGAGUCGCGUAUUAUAGUAUUAUAUUAUGCUAUACGACUAUACUGUAUUUAGUAUAGUUAAUAAUAAUAGCCAUAUUAUAUUUCUUCUGCGACUGACUAUUUAAAAGCUCCUGGUACUUAGAGAUGUGUCAAUAGAGGAAAAAGGUUUAAUCCGCUUCCGGCCAUCUCCUUCUCCCAAACCGUCGAAUCGAAAGCCGCGAAAAUUGCGGACUUCAGGGUCCACGCGAUCGCAUAUGAUUCAUACAAUUCUGUGAUUUUAUCUUUUACGUUUUUCCUUCGUGAUGUAAAUGACACUUAACGCUAGAACGCUAAGCGGUGCACUCUCAGACGCCAAUUUUUUAUGUUUGUUUAUUGAUAUAUUCCUCAUGAUUAAUGUAAAUAAGGUUUAUAUCAAUGAUGAUCAUCAAUAUUUUUUUUGUUUUUUGUUUAUUACAAUGUUUCGUAAUGUAAAAGAAAUUAAAACUUUUUUAACACUUUGUGUCAUCAUGAUCAGUAGUUAUAGAAAUUCUACUUCAAACACUACAGCGUAAUUAGCAAUAAAAUAACACGAGUAAUCAAUUAUUACAAUUGUUAAUUUUUUUCAUGUUUCUUUAAAUUGUGUUCUUUUAUUUCUUUUAUGCUGUUUUUAAAGUGUUCAAAAUCAUGUGUCGCAAGAUGUUAAUAAUAAUUGAUAAUUACGUUAGCGUUCUAGGGUUAAGCACGCGCACACUUCUUAACAGUACACGCAUGAGUUUUCUGUACUACGUCGCCAGCCUGCGCACGCUAAAAAGAAAAGAAAGUUUAACGAAACAGAGGAGGAAGGAUAAAGGUAGAGGACGAAGAAGAAUGUGAAGCCUAGGUAUCUCCGAACUAAUAAAAGCCUCCGUUUUCUGAUUUUUGUAUGCUUCUUUAAAACUGUCUGAUACAAGGAAAAACAAAGGAUAAAUAAAUGUGUACCAAUCUCUGAAUAAAA